AUGACUUCCCUCGUUGAGAAGCCUGCCAACGGUGCGCCGAAAGAUAGCGUCGGCGUCGUGAAGCUCGACCCCUGGCUGUCGCCAUUUGAGCAAGUAUUGCAACGUCGCUAUGCCAAAGCCCACGAAUGGAUCGACCGCUUAAACAAGACCGAGGGUGGUCUUGACGUAUUCUCCAAGGGCUCAGAGAAGUUCGGUCUCAACGUUGACAAGAAUAAUAAUGUCGUUUAUCGGGAGUGGGCGCCGAAUGCGACCGAAGCCUUCCUCAUUGGCGAUUUCAACAAUUGGGAACGGGGGACUCACCCCAUGAAAAAGAACGAGUUUGGUGUUUUCGAGAUCACAGUCCCAGCAAAGGAUGGCAAGGUUGCUAUCCCCCAUAACUCCAAGAUUAAAAUCUCUCUUACCCUUCCCAACGGCGAACGCGCGGAUCGACUACCGGCCUGGAUCAAGUACGUCACUCAAGAAUUGGCGGUAUCUCCUGCAUACGAUGCUCGAUUCUGGAAUCCCCCCGAGUCAGAGCGAUAUAAGUUCAAGCACACGAGGCCGAAGCAGCCUGAGAGUCUCCGGAUCUACGAAGCACACGUCGGCAUCUCGUCACCCGAGCUUCGCGUAGCCACUUACAAGGAGUUCACCAAGAACAUGCUUCCGCGAAUUAAAAAUCUCGGAUACAAUGCCAUUCAACUCAUGGCAAUCAUGGAGCAUGCUUACUACGCGAGUUUCGGCUACCAAGUGAACAACUUUUUCGCGGCGAGCAGUCGAUACGGUCCUCCCGAGGACCUUAAAGAGCUUGUAGAUACAGCCCAUAGCCUGGGGCUUGUGGUCCUCCUCGAUAUAGUCCACAGCCACGCUUCCAAGAAUGUUCUUGACGGCUUGAAUCACUUUGAUGGAUCUGAUCAUCAAUACUUCCACGAGGGCGGAAAGGGCCGUCAUGACUUGUGGGACAGCAGGCUUUUCAAUUACGGACACCACGAAGUACUUCGUUUCCUGCUGAGCAACCUGCGCUUCUGGAUGGACGAGUACCAAUUUGAUGGUUUCCGCUUUGAUGGUGUAACAAGCAUGCUUUAUAUUCAUCACGGCAUUGGAACUGGAUUUUCCGGAGGAUAUCAUGAAUACUUUGGUGCAGAGGUCGACGAAGAAGGUGUUGUGUAUUUGAUGUUGGCGAAUGAGAUGCUUCACCAGCUAUACCCUGAAGUCAUUACUGUCGCCGAGGACGUAUCCGGCAUGCCUGCGUUAUGCCUACCUCUCAAACUCGGAGGUGUCGGGUUCGAUUACAGACUGGCCAUGGCUAUUCCGGAUAUGUGGAUCAAGAUCCUCAAGGAAAAGAAAGAUGAGGACUGGGACAUGGCCAAUAUUUGCUGGACACUAACGAACCGACGUCACGGAGAGAAGACGAUUGCCUACUGCGAAAGCCACGAUCAAGCCUUGGUGGGGGACAAGACUAUAAUGAUGCACCUUUGCGAUGCCGAAUUAUAUACGAACAUGUCUAAUUUGACUCCACUCACCCCGGUCAUCGACCGCGGAAUGGCUCUUCACAAGAUGAUCCGGCUUCUCACGCACGGUCUUGGCGGCGAAGGCUACUUGAACUUUGAGGGGAACGAGUUUGGUCAUCCCGAGUGGCUUGAUUUCCCUCGUGAGGGGAACCAGAAUUCAUUCUGGUACGCCAGGCGGCAGCUCAACCUCACCGAGGACCAUCUACUCCGCUACCAGUACUUAAAUCAGUUUGAUCGUUUGAUGAACUUGACGGAGGACAAGUAUGGAUGGCUACAUGCUCCUCAGGCGUACAUCUCGCUCAAGCACGAGGGCGACAAGGUCAUUGUCUUCGAGAGGGGCGGAGCCCUCUUCAUCUUCAACUUCCACCCCAGCCAGAGUUACGCAGAUUACCGGGUCGGUGUUGACGUGCCUGGCAUGUAUAAAUGUGUCCUCAACACCGAUUCUAAGGAGGUUGGUGGACAUGACCGUAUCGACAGCAAUACUAGAUACCACACGACGGCAAUGGAGUGGAACGGCCGGAAGAACUGGACUCACGUCUACGUUCCUUGCCGGACCGCUUUGGUUCUGGCUCUUGAGUAA